AAAGCUUCCCAACGAGUUGAAUCCCACGUCAAAAAAAACUGGUCCCGUCCCCCAACCUGCAUCGCCAUCAUUGUCGUCCUCCGAUCGCCGGCCUCCCGCCUUUCUUUCCAUUCCUCGAUUUGCCCCUCCCUGCCCUCCUCAAUUGGGCUUUACACUACGGUUCGUGGGCGUAUUCCGGGUGUAUUCCGCUUUUUCCGUGUCCGCGCGCAUCGGAACGUUUCUCUUUUCCCGCGCGUUUCCUCUUCACAUAAAAAAUGCUCGUCCCAGCGAUCCGGAGGCAAGCCCUUCAGCAUGCCAGGCUUGCGCGCAUCGCGGUCCCCAGCCUAACAAGAUGGUACGCCUCGUACCCGCCGCACACCAUCGUCAAGAUGCCUGCCCUGUCCCCGACAAUGACAGCGGGAAAUAUUGGCGCGUGGAACAAGAAGCCUGGCGACUCUAUCUCGCCCGGCGAGGUGCUCGUCGAGAUUGAGACCGACAAGGCCCAGAUGGACUUUGAGUUCCAAGAAGAGGGUGUGCUUGCGAAGGUUCUGAAGGAGACCGGCGAGAAAGACGUCGCCGUUGGCAAUCCCAUCGCCGUCAUGGUCGAGGAAGGAACCGAUGUGAGCGCCUUUGAGGGCUUCACUCUCCAGGAUGCCGGUGGUGAAUCGGCCGCUCCCGCCCCUGCUGCGAAGGAUCAAGACCAGCCAAAGUCCGAGGAAUCGUCCACUCCGGCGCCAACUCCUGCCCCCGAGCCCGAGGAGACCGGUUUCGGCGGCAAGCUUGAGACAGCCCUCGACCGUGAGCCCAACAUUUCCGCUGCAGCCAAGCGGCUGGCUCUCGAGAAGGGCGUGUCCUUGAAGGGCCUCAAGGGCACCGGUCCUGGCGGCAAGAUCACCGAGGAGGACGUCAAGAAGGCGGCCUCGACCCCGGCUGCCACUUCUGCCACAGUCUCGGGCGCUUUGUACGAGGACAUCCCGAUCUCGGGCAUGCGCAAGACGAUUGCUUCGCGCCUUAAAGAAUCCGUUUCUGAGAACCCGCACUACUUCGUCACCUCCUCCCUCUCCGUCUCCAAGCUCCUGAAACUCCGCCAAGCCCUCAACAACUCUUCGGAGGGCAAGUACAAGCUCUCGGUCAACGACUUCCUGAUCAAGGCCAUGGCGGUGGCCUGCAAGAAGGUUCCCGCUGUCAACAGCUCGUGGCGCGAGGGCGUCAUCCGCCAGUUCAGCACGGUCGACGUCUCGGUCGCCGUGGCGACCCCUAACGGGCUCAUCACGCCCAUCAUCAAGGGGGUCGAGGGCAAGGGCCUCGAGAGCAUCUCGGCGGCCGUCAAGGAGCUCGCCAAGAAGGCCCGCGACAACAAGCUCAAACCCGAGGAGUACCAGGGCGGCACCAUCAGCAUCUCCAACAUGGGCAUGAACCCGGCCGUCGAGCGCUUCACAGCCGUCAUCAACCCUCCCCAGGCGGCCAUCCUGGCCGUCGGUAGCAACAAGAAGGUCGCCGUCCCAGUCGAGAACGAGGACGGCACAACGGGCGUCGAGUGGGACGACCAGAUUGUCGUCACGGCCAGCUUUGACCACAAGGUCGUUGACGGUGCGGUCGGCGCUGAGUGGAUGCGGGAGUUGAAGAAGGUCAUUGAGAACCCUCUUGAGCUGCUGCUUUAAACCAAAUUGUUAUUUGUACUUGUACAUUGACCUCCCAUUAAUGCGUUCAGGGUUGUUUAAUCAAGCAUGGAGUUUUGGCCAGAAUACAAGAUCCUACCAUCUUGGGAGAGAGACCUGAAGAACCCAAGAGACGUCUGAAGUUCUUCACGAAUCUAAGGCUAAUUUCGAGCCAUAAGUAAAAGCCCACCCUGCUUCCGCCUGGUCACGUAGCAGUUUGUUCCCUCCGACCUGCAAAAGUGUUUUGGGUUGUCCAGCUGCAAACGGAGCGGGGGAUACGAUGGUUUAUCGAUGGCCGGAUGGCUGGCAUGGUCAAGCAAAAGCCCGCACCAC